AUGUUCUCCCUGGGCUGCAUCGUCGGCUCGCUCCCCUCGGGCUUCUUGACCGACUUCAUGGGUCGAAAACGCUGCAUCAUAUUCCUGUCCUUCGUCUUCACCGUCGGCGCCGUCAUCCAGCUUGUCCCCAGCGGCUACCAAAUGCUUCUGGCCGGCCGUUUCAUCUCCGGCGUCGGUGUGGGCGGACUGUCCAUGGCAGCUACUCUUUACCAGUCAGAGACCGCGCCCCCCAAGGUUCGAGGUCUGGUGGUCUCGAUCCAGCAGCUCUCCAUCACGGCCGGCAUCCUACUGGCCGGGGGCCUGAACGUGGGCUUGCAGCACUGGGACGAAGGCUGGCGCAUUUCCUACGGUGGCAAGGGCUUCUUCUCCCUCCUUCUCAUGCUCCUGAUGAUUUGUCUCCCAGAGUCGCCCCGCUGGCUGGUGGCGCAAGGUAAGAGUGAGGCGGCCAAGGCUUCCUUAGGUCGGAUCCGACAAGAGGAGGAGGUGGAAGGCGAGCUCGCAGGCAUCGAGGAGGCUGUGGAGGCGGAGGCACAAAUGGAAAAGGGCGCCUGGAAGGACUUGGUCUCGCCCGUGGACUUUAUGUUGUACAGGACCAUGCUGGGCUUCGGCGUGCAGUUGUUGCAGCAGUUCUCCGGCAUCAAUGCGGUCAUGUACUUCGCCCCCGUUAUCUUCAAGAAGUUCCUGGCCUCUGAGAUGGCUAUCCUCGCCAACUUGGCCGUGGCCCUCGUCAACUAUCUCAGCACCUUCCUUGCCCUCUACCUGGUGGACCGGGCGGGGCGCCGGCUUCUUCUUGUCUGCGGAGGGCUGGGGAUGGCUUUAUUCACGGCCCUUUUCGCGCUCUUCACCUCCGCUGCCUUUGACUACCAGAACGAUAAGCGCCUCGCUGGCGUCAUCAUUGCUUGUACAGCUCUGUACGUCAUGAACUUCGCCUACUCGUGGGGGCCACUAGCAUGGGUCGUCUCGGCAGAGAUCUUUCCCCAGCGCCUUCGGGGCAAAUGCAUGACGAUCACCACGCUUGCCAACUGGCUGACAAAUUUCUGCAUCGCAAAAGCGGUGCCUGUCAUGAUCCUCCCGGAAAAAGAAGUUGCAGUUGAUUUCGAGACGAGCACAAGUUCGGGCGAGAAGAAAAGAUAG